AUGUUAGACACAUCGAUGGCAUCCCAGUUGAACCGCUAUCACCCGUUGAACCAAAGUCACGGACCAAUCAAUACAUUUAUUAAAAUAACCAAAAUGGUGAAGUAUUGCCGCAAGAAAAACCGAUUAGAGAUGUUCCGAUCAAAUCGUACCAAUCAUUUAUACCAAAGUACUUAUAAUGAUAAUAACGGGACAAUUGACGAAAGGAUUGGCAACAAGACUAACAUCAGGAAGAUUAAGGGAAAUGAAGAGCUAUACCAUAUUGUCGCACAACAACCGAAAUUUAUAAAUUAA